AUGGCAAUCAACUUCUCAGCUUCGUUUGCAGCCUGCUUGGCUGCAGGUCUCAAAGUACCGCGACAAAUUAUGUACUGCAUUUCACAAGAUACACCUUACGUUCUCUAUAAAGACUCACAGGAAGGUACAGAGCGAACAGCUGCCAUCGGAGGUCAAUGGGGUGGCGAAAUUUAUCCAGCAUUACAGAACGCACAAUCGCAGCACAUAUCCACUCAAAACAAUGCUUCACAUCAUGUCGCAAAUUCCACUGGAAUUCCACAUCAGCAACCACAAGCUCAACAGUCUUCGUUACCGACUCCCAACAGCCCUCCUAAUCAUCAGGAAAGCAGACUGCAGUCACAACCGGGUGAACAAGCCAAUGGUCAACUACACAGCCCAGCUAAAAGUCCAUAUCCACAACACAACGGAACUGAACUAGAUGAGCGAAUAAUGAAGGCGCAAAAUAUACCGCAAAACGUGAAUCAACAACAUAACACAUCUCUAGGCCAAAUCCAACCAAGUGGGCAAACAACUUCCCCUUCUCAAAUAAUUGAACAUCCAAAUCAACAAUCUAACCAAAAUAACCAUAACCCACAAAUCGAAACAUCACAACAGCAGCAACAGCAACAAAAUGCUACUAACCAACAACAAUGCUAUCCGGAACCUGCACAGCCAGAACUGAACUACUACACACAACGUCAUCACGGUCCCCAGGCUGCAAUGUUACCUCCGCCAGGUUUCGCUCCGUUACAUCACUAUUUGAAUAAAUCCGGAGUGCUUUCUGCGAUGCCAGCCGGGAUGGAACAUGGUAACCAUUUAGAACAGUAUGCUAUGCCAGAUUUACUACACGGCAAUCAAGUGCAUCAUCCCGUCUCCAACGGAACUCACAAACCCAAAGGAUCCGAUCUUCGCCUCUUCAAGUGUUUAACCUGUGGCAAGGAUUUUAAGCAAAAAAGCACUCUUCUACAGCACGAACGGAUCCAUACCGAUUCUCGCCCAUACGGUUGCCCGGCGGUCGAGUGUGGCAAACGUUUUCGCCAGCAAUCGCAUUUGACGCAGCAUCUUCGGAUUCAUGCCAACGAAAAACCCUUCGUGUGUCCCUUCUGCCAGCGUGCUUUCCGACAGCGAGCUAUACUAAAUCAACACAUCCGAAUUCACUCAGAUGUAUCACCGCAUUUAAUUUUCAAAAACGGGCCGCAUGCUACACUAUGGCCGCAGGAUGUUCCCUACCCACCCGAACAGGAAGGUCAACCCAAAGAUGAACAAACUUUCGGAGAUGAAGUAUCACAGGGUACUCCCGAGUCUCGUGGCUGUUUCUCUCCCGAGACUAACCUUCAAUAUCCAUCGUAUUUCAAGGACACAAAAGUUGUCAAUCAUUCAAUCUUCGGGAACAACUUGCCCUACUUAAACAAAGCACCAGGCUCGAAAGCUCUAUUGCCGGAUGUCAUACAACAUGGACGAUCGGCUGGAAUGCCGCUGUAUGUACGGUGUCCCAUAUGCCAGAAAGAGUUCAAACAGAAAAGUACACUGCUUCAACACGGCUGCAUUCACAUUGAAUCGAGACCAUAUCCGUGUCCGGAAUGCGGCAAACGUUUCCGGCAGCAGUCACAUCUCACGCAGCACCUCCGAAUUCACACGAACGAAAAGCCAUUUGGUUGUCCGUACUGUCCACGCUUUUUCCGGCAGCGCACGAUACUCAAUCAGCAUAUACGCAUACACACCGGUGAGAAACCUUACAAAUGUGCACAGUGUGGAAAAGAUUUCCGCCAGAAGGCAAUACUCGAUCAGCAUACCAGAACACACCAGGUAGGAGAUCGACCAUUUUGCUGUCCUAUGCCGAACUGUCGAAGAAGAUUUGCAACUGAACAGGAGGUCAAAAAGCACAUUGAUAAUCACAUGAAUCCGCAUUCAUCAAAAUCACGUAAAUUAGCAUCAAUGGCUGCGUUAAACAAUAACAACAACAAUACCAAUAACAAUAAUAAUAACAACAACAACAACAACAACAACAAUAAUAAUAACAAUAACAACGCAGCACUAGAACAAAAAGUUUCGCCUACCUUUCUGGUGGAUAAACAGAACAACCUAAUCCAACGUAUGGGCCCUGUGAAACAUGAAUUGUAUUUUCCACAAUGUUAUGGUUCGCCAUUUAACCAGCCAUUCAUAGCAGGAGCUGCUGUUGUAACCACGAAUGCAGCGGCUGCCAGUGGUCCAACCACUGCACCAUCAACAGCCGCGGGACCCAAUCCCAAUCAGCAGCAAAAUCCGACUACGACCAGUGUUGCAGCUGUUCCGACAUCGAUAGCUGCCGUCGUCGCUGCGCCAGCUCCCCAAACUAUUGCAGCGCAGUGA